AUGUCAAAAGAAUAUAAUUCUGGACAGUUGGCUUCUUUUUACGACGAAGACUCCAAAUCUCCAAUGACAGAUAUGGACGUGCUAGAUCUCUCAUAUUCCAAAGUCCAGCCAGAACUCUACCCACGCCUUGACAUGUUCGAUUAUGGUUCCGGUGGUCAGCCGUAUGAGCGUAUCUCUUUCUCCGGCUUCAACGACUCGUUCGGCCUUCAAAAUGGCAUGAAUGCUGGUCUCAACAUGAAUAAUAUCAACAAUCAGAACGCCCAGAACACCCUGAAUGGUGCUAGUGUCGGCGGUCUCAACAACGUCAACAAUAUCAACAACAAUAUCAACAACAAUAUCAACAACAGCAUCAACAAUAACACAAACAACAUCGGAAAUCCUCGACUCGCGCCUGAGGCUCGUUCCAUGCCCCUUGGAAGUAUACCCAUGGGGAUGGACGCUUUUGUCAAAAAAGAGGACGAUGAUGACGAUAGUGGAAUGCUGCCCAAGCCCCCUGGAAUGGGAAAACGGGAGAAACCACGUACAAAGAGCGCACACAAUGUGAUUGAACAGCGGUACCGUAAUAAGAUUAACGACAAGUUCACAGCGCUCCAGAACUCUGUGCCCACGCUAAGGGUAAUUGCACGCAAAAAAUCCAAGACGAGGUCAGAUGACGACGACGAGGAAGAAGAGUACUACUACCUGCCGCCGCUGGGAAGGGAAGAUCUAGAAGGUUUGGAGCCUGCCAGGAAACUAAACAAGGGUACAAUUUUAGCCAAAUCGGUGGAAUAUAUCAAGUUUUUGGAGAGGAAAAACGAUCGCAUGAAGUUGGAGCACCAGCAGCUCAUGGAACGGGCCCGCAUGCUUGGGAUAGUGUUGGAUGACACCACGGGUGAUGGUUCGGGGAUCAACUAUGAACGGCCUGGAUGA